AUGCAAACUCCAUGCAGAAAGACCCCUGGCCAGUUGUCAAACCCAGUGCAGCCCUGCAACAAUUCAAUUCAAUUUUUAAAUGUCUUCUGUGAGAGCAAAGUGGAACCAAAGUCAAAUUCCUCAUUUGGCAAAUAAAGCUGAUUUUUUUUCCAAUUUUGAAAAACCGAAAGACUUCCAGAAAGCCUGGAGAGCUACUGGUAAAAACCACUUCUGGAGAAUGCAAGAACAUCUGGCUCCUUGGCCUAACUCUGAUUAUUUCUAUGAUACAAAACAAGAGCAACUGUUUGCGUGCAAUCAAGCUAACCCAAUAAUAAAAAUAAAAAAAGCAAUAAUAAACAAUGACAAAGUCUGAAGUUAUGAAAAAAGCGACAAAUCCCUGCAGGAUUUGUUGACACAAUACAACAGGGAUAACUUUUCAACAAACUAACAACCAUUGGAGAUGUUCUUUUAAGCAAUUUAUUAAAUACAUUAAAAGACACAAGAAGAAGAAUUGCUGAACCACUUUUAAGAUGUAAUAAGGAUCGCUUUGCUUCUGGUCUCUUUCUUAGCAGCAACCUGUUUGAGUGGAUAAUUUGCCGAUGGAACCACCUUCAUACGACGAGGUCAGUUGCCACCUUUCUGUUCAGAUCCCAGAAGACAUUACACACCUGUCUACUCCUGUCUACACCUCCAACCUGUCCCCAUCGACACCUCCUCCGACCUAUGGAGAGGCCGUUUACCAAAAUGCUUUUCCUAUCCUGAUUCCACCCUCCAGACAAACUGCUGUGGUCCCACCACCUGGAAACUCCAGAAUCACAGUUCACCCGCUUACACAAAUUGGUGAAAGACCAGCCAGAGGUCCCAGAGCUCCAUCCGUAGCCGUCAUUUCCCAGCCCCAGCCAGUUCCCAUCAUAAUAAGUACUCUGAGGGACUCUCCUGGUUUUGUUUGCUGUCCUCACUGCCAGCAACCUGUCACCAGUAAUGUCACAUAUGUGGCUGGGAAGGCUGCGUGGUGCACAUGUCUCAUUAUUGCAUUGAUGGGGUUAGUCUGCGGUUUCUGCCUGAUUCCACUUUGCAUAAGAAGACUGCAAGAUGCACAUCACUCCUGUCCCCACUGUGGCAAAAAACUGUACAUUUAUGAAAGAUGACACACAGUCAGGAUCCAUAAAGCUCCUGCAUUUUUCCAUCCGCUCAGAUUCUUGUUUAAUAAUUAUGUCACCAUGGUGAUAAAUGAACUUGUGAGAUGUAAGGGCAGCUCGCUGUGAUGUUACUGUGUAAUAUGCUGCAUGCCCAACAAGUUUCUCUCAGUUUUUUUCUUCCAUAUCCACCUUGUUCUGUCACUCAAACUAAAGGUAGCUUUUUGUUAAAAAGAAGGAAAAACCACCAUUAAAAUGUAUCUCUAUAGGAAAGAAAUAUUACAUUUAACUGAUUACGUUACAAUGCUGGACUUAGACACCAACCCCUCUGCGACCCUGCAUGAAUAAGGAGAUAUACACAAUGAUAGGAUGGAUGAAUGAUACCAAAAAUCUCUAAAAGUUGAUACAGGUUGAUGUGUUACAUAUUUUAAGGUAUUUUGACAAGUAUUUCUAUAUGAUUUAUUGUUCAAAUGUUACAGAAUAGUAGGUGAACACUUAGUGCACUUUUCAUGUUAUUCUAAAACCUGGUUGUAAUUAAAAGGCAAUGAUGAGAAAAGAUGGUGAAUAUAUAAGCAAACCACAUAAGUGCAGUUUGAGCAUGCUUUGUAACACUUCAGACUGUGAGAUGUAAUGAAAUGAUCUGUUACUUAUUUUAAUUUAUUUUUCUGUUGUUUGUGUCGAAGAGUUAGCUCAGAAUUUUUUGAAAUGGGGUUCCUUGGAGAGGUUCGAGGAGUCAGUAUCCUACUUGUAGUAGAUGAUAUUCUGAAUGGCUACAGUUUGAAGAACAGAACAACAGAUGGACAAAAUAGGGUCCAGUGCAAAGCAGAUUACUGUCAAUCUUGAAAGUUUUUCAUAAUUCGUUUAAACAAGGUUUUAUGAAUAUUUAUAGCAGAACACAUUUUGCAUAAGAUGAUUAUUUACUGAAAACUUUGUUAGGCUGAAGUCAGUUAUAGUACAACACGCUCAUCCAAAUUCUGGUGCUGUGCAAAUAUCAGUAUCAGAAUCAGAAUCAGAAAAGCUUUAUUGCCAAGUACGUUUUUGGACACACAAGGAAUUUGUUUUGGCGUAGUCGGUGCAAUACAAUACAAAUUAAACAGUAUAAACAUAUCUACAAUAUAAUAUAAAUAUAUGUGCACAGUUUUAAGUGAGUGAGAGUAUGCAGACUCUGGUCUGCCUGAAAGCAAAGUUCUUGGUCCUUUUGCCAGUGAACCCUGGUGCGGUUCACUUACAAAGGGGAAGGGAACCAAAAAGAUUUACAAGCAUAUAUAUGAUCUGAAAACAUUUAAAUCACUGCUCCAUAUAACAUUGUGUAUAUAACAUUGUGUAUGCGCAAUCCCAGAAGCAUUUCACAGAUUCUCGCUCUCCUUUUUCAGUACUGCUGUAUUUGUCUCAUAUAUAAAGAGAACCUCAUACUGGACAUCUUCUUGUGAAGUUCAGUGUAAGACUCAACCAAACCAAACGAAGCUGUUAAAUGUUGCUGUGAAAGCACCCUAAGACUCCACUACAACAAUAGAUAUCAGCCAAAUGUCUGGGCUGCAUCGAAGAAAACAUUUGACAUCUUAUUGUCCUUGAUGGACUGUGAGAGUACUCUGAUUAUUUUUGAUAGAAUAGAAUAGAAUAGAAUAUUAUUCAUGUGCAUAAGUGUAAAGGGCAAUGCACAGCUUUUGGUAGAGAAAACCCUCUCACUUGCAUCUUUUCAUGCUGUUGAUGAGGAUAUUUCCUUCACCACACCAAGACUGAAACUGAUGGUUGAGUUGCAGAGGCCUCCUAUAUUUAUAGGGAAAUUCUCCAGCCUGGGCGUAAAUGUAUUAUGUCCAUGCCGUUAUCUGUGCAGAUGGAUGGCCAUGUGGGAGCACAGCACCUAUUUAGAAAACAGUAGGGUCAUGUUUGCUAUCAUAUAAGUCCACUAUAUGUUAACAUCUAAUGCUCGACUUAUACAUUAGCGAUAGCAUGAAUUGCUGCAAAGUUUUGGAGUUUGGAGUUAUUUUAAGAAAUUGAUCUUGAUUUGACAGUCUGAUGAUUAGCCACUAGUUUAAUUCUUGAUCCAAACCUCUUCAUGUUUAUCCAAACAGAAGUUAUUCAAAUAAUUUUCCUCUACAAAUAGUUAAAUUAGCUGCAUGGUAAUGCAGUUGUUAGCAAGAUCAAGUUCUCCCUGUUUGUUCUCCCUGUGCACUUGUGGGUUCUCUCUGGGUAUUCCGCCUUCCUCUCACAGUGCAACAAACAUGACUGGUUAAUUAGUCUUUCUAAAUUGCCGCUAGGUUUCAGUGUAUGCAUGGUUGUCAGUUUUGUGUGUCUCUGUUUUGGACAUUGAUGGACUGGCGACCUGUCCAGGUUGUACCCCGCCUCUCGCCCAGUGACCGCUGGCAUUAGAUAUCAGCCCCUCCUCAGCAACCCUGAAAACGUUGCAUGGACAAUCAGGUAUAGACAAUGGCUAUAUGGAUGAAAAUAUUUCAGUUACUAAUUCCCCUUAAACUCUCUGAAAAACUACAUAAAAUACUGAACAUUAUUUAUACUAUUAAAUAUUUUCGAAAACAGAUUCGUUUUGUUGCUCAGUUCUUUUCUGUAAUGAUCAAUAAGAGUGAAUAAUUUCAGGUGAUUUCAGAUCGUCUUUGUGAGAGAGUUUGGCUCUGUUCACUUCGUGUUUUUUAAAUUUUUAUAGCAAUUUCAUGAAGCAUAAAGUUUAUCUCAAUAAAAUACAAUAUCACCAA